CAGUGGUGGAAGAAGAGGCGGCGGCGGCGCGGGUAGGGAGCCUGGAAACGCGAGCGGGGAUGGUAGGUGGUUUGGACCCGCCGGGCCGCCGUCGUUUCCAGAAAGGGUUUGACUGGAGGAACCUCUGGAGCAGCUGUUGGCUGGCUCCUCUGGCUGAUGGCAUGUUGAGGCACAUGGGCCAGUGGCAGCGAGGGCAUCUGAUCCAGAGGGGGCCACUCUAGGGGCCAGGCCAUCAGCACCAUGGGCCAGUGUGUCACCAAGUGCAAGAAUCCCUCAUCCACCCUGGGCAGCAAGAACGGAGACCGUGACCCUGGCAGCAAGUCACACAGCAGGCGGAGCGCAGGCCACCGCGAGGAACAGCCACCAGCCUGUGGCAAGCCAGGUGGGGAUAUCCUUGUCAAUGGGACCAAGAAGGCAGAGGCUGCCACCGAGCCCUGCCAGUUGCCAACGUCCUCUGGAGAUGCUGGGAGGGAGCCCAAGUCCAAUGCCGAGGAGUCUUCCCUGCAGAGGCUGGAAGAAUUGUUCAGGCGCUACAAGGACGAGCGGGAGGAUGCAAUUUUGGAGGAAGGCAUGGAGCGCUUUUGCAAUGACUUAUGUGUUGACCCCACGGAAUUUCGAGUGCUGCUCUUGGCUUGGAAGUUCCAGGCUGCUACCAUGUGCAAAUUCACCAGGAAGGAGUUUUUUGAUGGCUGCAAAGCAAUAAGUGCAGACAGCAUUGAUGGGAUCUGUGCACGGUUCCCUAGCCUCUUAACGGAAGCCAAACAAGAGGAUAAAUUUAAGGAUCUCUACCGGUUUACAUUUCAGUUUGGUCUGGACUCUGAAGAAGGGCAGCGGUCACUGCAUCGGGAAAUAGCCAUUGCCCUGUGGAAACUAGUCUUUACCCAGAACAAUCCUCCAGUAUUGGACCAGUGGCUAAACUUUCUAACUGAGAACCCCUCGGGGAUCAAGGGCAUCUCCCGGGACACCUGGAACAUGUUCCUUAACUUCACUCAGGUGAUUGGUCCUGACCUCAGCAACUACAGUGAAGACGAGGCGUGGCCAAGUCUCUUCGAUACCUUUGUGGAGUGGGAAAUGGAGCGAAGGAAAAGAGAAGGGGAAGGGAGAGGUGCACUCAGCUCAGGGCCCGAGGGCUUGUGUCCCGGGGAGCAGACUUAGUGGCUCUAUCCCAGGAGCAGCAGCAGCAGCAAGGAUCUGCCUGCUGCCCUGCAGCCAACCGAGGAAUUGGACCUUUCUGGAAAUUACUGAAGAUCCAGAUAUUUUCUACUUUACACCUUUCUCUGCCUUGUAUCUGAAAGGGCUCUAAAAUGCUGUAUCAUGUUUUAGGCACUUUCUUCACUUUUUGGUUAUUUUGGUUAUUUCUUUUGGGGGGCUUCCCCAAAAUAUUUGAACCUGGCUACAUGUUGUGUAUUUUUUUUUUUUUUUUUUUGAAGCCUUCAGAUAGAAUAAGCCUGCCAUUUCUUGCACAAAUUAGAUUUCUUUGUGGGGGAGGGUAUAGAGCAGGGAGGGGGGAAUGGGACGGUUAGGUUGAAUUAACAUUACAAGAUGAUACAGUGCCAGAUCUCAGUUUUGCAUAUUCUGUUUUUCAGGGCAGGUCUGUACUGUGUGUAGUGCUGUUUACAUGGUUGAAUUUAGGUUGUAAUAAUUAUUUUAAAAGAUUUACACAGAAUUGAAUAGCAGUGUUAACUGUUAACCAUAUUGCAUUAAUUCCCAGGCGAUUUAAAGCUCUUGGAGAGCCAAGGCCAGCCAAGAGCAUUUGUAGUCUGGUGACAACCCCCUUUUAAGCUAAUUUAUCCAAAACCCUUAUUUUCUUCACUUCUUGCUCAUUCCUUCUUUGACCUAUUGCAUUUCAUGUUGAGUUUAUCCAUCAACAUGCUGCACCUGUCAGUCAAGUGAGCAGUUUUGGUUUUUUUUUUGUUUUUUUUUUAGAACACAUAGUACUGAGAACCACUUAAGCAUUGAAUGCAGAGAAAGCAGUGCUACCUCAGUUUUGCUGGAAGUAGACUUUGAUAGUUUUCUUUUUUCGAUGAAUUUUCUGUAUUUUCAUGUUGUAAGUGAAAAUACCUUUUUUUUUUUUUUUUUUAAUUUGCCUUGGAGCCAAAGUUUCUGUUCCUGGUGGUCGGAAAACUGUGCCUGCCGGCCAGCUGACUUGAAGGAAAACUGUGGUAUGGAGCUCUGCUUGAAUUUUUUUUUUUUUUUUUUUAAGUUUUUUUGAGUAUCAUCAGCUUACUUGUCUGGCAAGUGCAGAUGCCUGGGGCUGGCCUGAACUCUGCCAAACAAAUAUAGAAGUGUAUUUAAUAGUUAAACGUGUGCCCUUUCCCUUCUUGCUGCACCCACGUUGUCACUUAACCCCCAGGAGUUAUUUAUUAUCUUCUUUGUUAAUGUCAGGCUCAUUUGGGGUAAUGUGAUGACUGUUUAGGUUUACAUGACCCUUCUCUCCUUCCCCUACCCCCAAAUAUGUAUAUAUACAUAUAUAAGAUAUGUAUAUAUUUUACCUAUAUAAAAUAUAUAUAUACACAUAUAUGUAUCUAUAUUCCUUUGUUUCUUUGCCUGCUAAAACUGGCCAUAAAAGAGGGAGCUGCCUUCAAUAUAUAACGCAUAAGAAGAGUGCCAGGGAACAUCAUAAAUGGAGGUUUUUAAAUCUGAAUUUGGACCAUCCUCACUAAAGAGAGGAUGAAUUUUCUCAGCCUUUUCCUCACAAGAGGGAGGCCCAGUUCCCCAGAUUCCUCCACAUGCUUGCUCCAUAAGGCCAGCUUUGGCCAAACUGCCACACAGGAGCUGACUCUGGUCCUACCUGGUUUCAGUAGAGGGUCCUCUUGUUAUUUUUCCAUUAAAAAAACAUGUCCUCAAAAAACUGUACUGGAAGGGUGGGUGGCAGGAACUUGUACAGUUCAGCUCCCAACACUUGGGAACAGAUUGAAAAGGGAAUCUUUUAAAUAAAAACUUACAAAAUAUUUAUA